AUGACGGGCUGGCUGUUUCGGAAGCAAUUAGCCCGAGAACAGCGCGAUCCGACUGAACAAGGCUCCGUGCCCACAGAGCUGCUGAGCGCCUCCGUGCUGUUGGGGGUACCUGGCCGGGCUGCGUGGGCCCCUGGGUCAUGUACAAACCCAGGACUGAAGCUCAUCGGCGUGCCGCCUUUGUGUGAGCUGGCUCACGCCAUCCGCCUGCUCCUGGAGUACACAGACUCCAAGUACGAGGAGAAGAAGUACACGAUGGGGGACGCUCCCGACUAUGACAGAAGCCAGUGGCUGAGUGAGAAGUUCAAGCUGGGCCUGGACUUCCCCAAUCUGCCCUACCUGAUUGACGGGGCUCACAAGGUCACCCAGAGCAAUGCCAUCCUUCGCUACCUUGCGCGCAAGCACAACCUCUGUGGGGAGACGGAAGAGGAGAAGAUCCGCGUGGACAUGUUGGAGAACGAGGUGAUGGACCUCCGGAUGUUCCACAUCAGGACCUGCUACAGCCCUGACUUUGAGAAGCAGAAACCCGAGUUUUUGAAGGUGCUCCCUGAAAAGCUGAAGCUCUUCUCAGAGUUCCUGGGGAAGAAGUCUUGGUUUGCAGGGGACAAGCUCACCUACGUGGACUUCCUGGCCUAUGACCUGCUGGGCGUGCUGCGCAUGUUUGAGCCCAAGUGCCUGGACGCGUUCCCGAACCUGAAGGACUUCUUGGGUCGCUUUGAGGGCCUGAAGAAGAUCGCCGCCUACAUGAAGACCGGCCGCUUCCUCCCCACACCCGUGUACUCCAAGGCUGCCAUGUGGGGCAACAAGUAGUGCCCCCUGGGGUCUGCAUUGGUGGAGUGCCUCCUGUAAGCCUGCGGGACUCAGUGUCACGGUUCGGGGGCCCUUGGGGUGGGGAAGGGGGUUGAGCCGUCCGCUGCUGGUGUGGGAUCCUAGUGGCCUACCUUCUGUCACCUUUCCCAGAAGUGUUCCUUGCCCUAUACCCUUCCUCCGUGCUCUUACGACAUAUCUCAAUAAAACGCACCCCACUGCAUUGUGA